AUGGAGUCAAGUGCAAUGGACACCACACUUAUUGAAGAUCGCCACAAGGAUCUACAAGGGUCUAUGGAGACUGUCGGUGCCGACUGGUCAGAGCUUGACGUGGAUGCAUCUACCACGGAGGACGAGGGUAUUGCAAAAGAUGAUCACAACGGGCAGCAUUGCGGCGUCAAGACAUUGUUUGAAGGCGAGACAACAUGUACUUGCUGCAUUAAUUGGGUGGAUGAGAUGCCCAAGGAUCUCCGACCUUCGGCGGAAGAAGAGAGCGAGAACAGACGCCACGCACUUUUGAUUCGUCUGCGCAGAAACCACAAUGACGGAAAGCCGAUGGUGCUGCAUUCCAUUGUGAUACAAAGCUCCUACUUGAAAUCCAUUCUAGGCCAAGUCUUUCAAGAGUAUUCCGGUAUCACGAUAACCUUGAAGAAACUCGUGUUCCGAGCACCAUUCGACUGCUUUUUCCACGAAUGGCAUCGCCUUGAGAAGAUUGUUCGCGAGGUCGAGGACCCCAUAGGUAGAAGUCACGGGCGCCUCUUACAGAAAGUGCUGAGGUCCGAGCUGAGAGAAACCAUUUCGCUGAGCAACGAUUUGAACCGGAAUGGGGUCAUCACUUACGACUAUCUUUGGACUAUUUUCAAGCCUGGCGUAGACGUCUAUACCUUCGAAGACGGCUAUGACCGCAUAUAUAGGCUCCAAAGGGCCACCUAUGUAUCCAAUAUCAGUGGCGAAUUCUUGCAGCUAACAGUCCACGAGAUUUCAUGUGACGGGGAUAGGUUUGGCUACCAACCGAAGCUCAUCCACAUUUACAAGUUCUCGGGCACGAAAGAGGUCCAAGACCUCGAUGUAUUCCCUGCUUCUUGCCACCCCAGACUAGAAGAAGUGAAGAAUUCCCUAAGGCAACGCGGUGAAAUGUUCAAGAAUGUUCAUCUCAAGUCAUACUUUUAUGGUGCCUAUAAGGGCACUGUCAUGGAUGGGCACAAUAACCGGAAUGUUGAUGGGAGAAUUGUAGUUGACCCCCUAUCGCACGCAGACUUUACCACUAGUCACGUCAACUUGAUGCCUUUCGAUUCUAGCUCCUUGAAACCUGAGAUUGACGUGUCGGAUCAACCACAUCAUCCCGUGCAAGCCCCUCCUGGCCCGAGACCAAGGGGCCGGCGAGUACCGCAGCCACCCCCUUAUCCAGGCCGACCUCCUGCCCCUCCACCGCAAAUGAUGCCGCCGAAUCCACCGCCGCCACCACCGGGUAUGGCCGUGGGAAGCCACCCGAAGAGAGGUUCCAAGUAUUCGAGGAAACCAGAAGAUAUUCCGGAUAAUCUGCUACACCUCUGCAGCGCCUACGUUCGUGGAUACUGCUUCAAGAUCAAGAAGUGGGUCAUAUUCCACAUCGACCACGUCCGGGAAAUCCAAUGGCACGACGACGCGUUUGACAGCCUGGUGCUGCAGGACAAGUAUAAGAAGAUCAUCAAGGCUUUCGUUGAGAGCCAUGUUGAGCAUAAGGAUCAGUUCGAUGACUUCAUCGAAGGAAAAGGCCAAGGUAUUACCAUGCUUUUAGAAGGACCGCCGGGGGUUGGCAAGACAUUGACGGCGGAGGCUGUAUCCGAGCGACUCCGCCGCCCCCUCUACGCCAUGGGCGCCGGCGAGCUCGGCGCGACCCCGGAGGCCGUCGAAGAGAACCUCGAGAUGAUCCUCGAGGCGGCGGCGAAGUGGGACGCGGUGCUCCUCCUGGACGAGUGCGACGUGCUCCUCGCGCAGCGGACGUCCAACGACCUCGGGCGCAACAGCAUCGUGGCCAUCUUCCUGCGCCUGCUCGAGUACUACCGCGGCAUGCUCUUCCUGACGACGAACCGCGCCGAGGCCAUCGACCCGGCCUUCCAGAGCCGCGUGCACCUGACGAUCCACUACCCGCGGCUCGACGCCGCCGCCCGCCGCCAGGUCUGGGCCCGCUUCGACGCGACGGCCCACCGGCCGACGGCGCUCCGCGCGCCGGACUUUGACGCCCUGCAGGACGUCGUCGUCAACGGGCGCGAGAUCAAGAACGUCUUCAAGACGGCGCAGCUGCUCGCGAGCCACGAGAAGAAGCUGCUCGCCAUCGAGCAUAUUCAUACGGCGCUGAGUGUUUCGAGGGUUGGCGCGUUUGAUCCUUGA